AGCAAGAUGAAUCAAUAAUUAUUCAGUAGUACGACCUCACUGGUAGUAACGAUAUUGUUGUUGGGAAGAAGCUCGCAUAAUAAAUUGUGAGGUUAGAGAUUGAACAUUUACUUUCUGUGAAUAUAUGAAGAUAUAUUGGAGCAUAUAUCCUUCAAGAUGAAUUCUAUAUUACGUACGUUUCGGACUAGUGUCUAUUUUGCGAGACACGCUAAAUAUAGUACUCUACCUUCAGAAGUAGUAAUAUUUACAGAAGACGAUAUGGUUGUCUGUUGGCAUCCAGAGAAACAGUUUCCAUACAAAUAUUCUCUGCCUCUAUCAGAGGUCGUGCACGAGGACAAUUCUGUAUUGCGAAUCGGAGACAAAGAUGUCGCAGAAAUGUUUAAGAAAAAAAAGGAAUUUAUGGUUAUUGAUGAACUAACAAAACUGACAUACACUACUAAACACAGAUGGUUUCCUAGAAGCAGAGAUAAGAAGGCAAAAAAUACAGAGCCUGAUAGACCUUAUCUGUAAAUUUGUAAUUAUUUGUUAAACAAAUUUAAUGAAUAAAAGUUCUUUAUUUAGGAUA